UUCAGUUGCGCUCAGCUGCCGGAGAGGUGAGCACCGCUCCGGAGCUCCUCAUCACCACCGUCCACUCACUCACUCCUCCUCCUUUUCUCCUCCUCCUCCUCCAGGAGUCACGCACGGAUGCCGCUCCUCUUUCACGGAUAAAGACCAACAGCGAGUGUGCCUGUGUUUUCUUUUCCACACACGUUUUUAUCGACUUUUUUUUUUUUUUUUUUUGGAUGCCCUGUGGCUCUCUACCACUUGCAUCACAUCCUAAGGCUCCGGGAAGGCUGCGCGAGCAUCGCACUGCAUUCCUCUGGACCGGACCUCACCUCUGCCGGAAGGCCUGGCAGGACGUGCGACGUGAUGCCUCCGUGUGGACUGCAGAACUUGCUGGCCCUCCUGCUGCUUCUUCAUGCUGUCAGCCACGGCUUAAGUGAUGCCGACCCUGUGGUGAGCAUGCAUAAAGUGACUCAUCACAGCAUCAGCGAGGAGAUGUCCAAGACGGUGGUGCUCCCCUGCCUCUUCUCCCUGCGCCCUGGCGCCAUUGCGUCCCACGAGCCUCCCCGCGUCAAAUGGUCCAAGGUGUGGGGUCAGCAAGGCUCGGACGGCUCGCGGAAAGAGCAGUCGAUCCUGGUGGCCAAAGACAAUGUAGUCAAGGUGAAAAAGGCUUUUCAAGGUCGGGUAUCGCUGCCUGGUUACAGCGAUAACCGAUACAAUGCCAGUCUGGCUCUGACAGGCUUGCGAUCCAGUGACUCCGGCCUGUACCGCUGUGAAGUUGUGAUGGGCAUUAACGAUGAGCGAGACACUGUCCCGCUGGAGGUCACAGGCGUGCUCUUUCAUUACCGCGCUCCCCCCGACCGUUACGCCCUGUCCUUCGCUGACGCCAAGAGGGUGUGCGCUGAGAACUCGGCGGCCAUCGCCACGCCGGGUCAGCUGCAGGCGGCCUUUGCCGACGGCUACGAGAACUGUGACGCCGGGUGGCUGUCGGACCAGACCGUACGGUAUCCAAUCCAGUCACCUCGGCCUGGUUGCUAUGGCGAUCGUGACGACUCACCCGGCAUCCGUAACUAUGGCAAUAGGUUCCCGGACGAGCUGUUUGAUGUCUACUGCUUUGCCAAGCGGCUACAAGGUGAAGUGUUCCACUCCACUGUGGAAGAGAAACUGAAUCUAGCCACGGCCUCCACCCAUUGCCAUUCGCUGGGAGCCCAGCUGGCCACCGUGGGCCAGCUGUACCUGGCCUGGCAGGCCGGUCUGGACCAGUGCGACCCGGGCUGGCUGGCUGACGGCAGUGUGCGCUACCCCAUCAACGUCCCGCGGAGGAACUGCGGGGGGGACGAGCCCGGCGUGCGAACGGUCUACAGCAACCCCAAUCGGACCGGCUUCCCCGACACCACGGCCAUGUUUGACGCUUACUGCUACCGAGCCCAUCAGCCUGCAGAUGCGCAAGCCGCAGAGGCCCUCGCUUCCCUCCACGCCACCAUCCCAGCUGCACAGGCCGGCUCUCCACUCAGCCGCACCCAAAUGGGCGCCCCAUUACCCAAGGCGGCAACUCGUACCGGCCUGACGGACCUGAACGAAGCUAUCGCAAACGACUCCUCCGACAUCUCUGACGAGCACGUUGUCAUCCACUUGAGUCCCUUGCAGGGUUGGGAUAACCAACAAGACGGCGCCCCGACCGGUCGAUCCCGCCCAGCUGAACCCGACGAAAUGAAAAGCAGCAAUGCUCCAACGGAGCAGGAGAGCCACGGAGGUUCGGCCCAAGAGGAAGUAGAUGCUUCGAUGGACACUCUCCCAUCAGCGGCCUCUACCACCUCUCAGCCUCACACCAGUAAAAGCAUGCUGACUGACUUUGUUAACACGCUAAUGAAGCCUUUCAAGUACUGGGCUGGUAGCGGGAUGGGCCAAACCUCCAACAGGAGCCAGACUUUGAGCUUACAAGCCGGUGAAAACAAGGGCGGCAGCGACAACGCCAUCACGGAGCACGGGAGUCACGAUUCUCCCUCCAGGCUUCUCCAUGCCAGUGGAUUGCAGAGCGCUGAGGAUGGUCUGUCUGAGCAGGAGAAAGAGGAGGUGCCGCUCUUUCCUGUUCUGUCUGCAGUCCAAAACGGCAGGAAAAUUGAGUCCACCACGCAGCAGGAGGGCAAAUUUGCCGAUAGUGGGAUAACUGCAGUGGACCCUGAAAGUAAUACAAGCCCCAAUGAACGGGUCAAGUUUCCCAAAGGAGGUCCAGCGUGGGCCAUCAAGUCAUUACGGCGCUUCAGAGUAGGCUUUCCAAGGAAUGUUGCCAGAAGUCACACUUGGGAUCCUCUGGAAGCCAAAUCGGGGCUCCUUGAGAUAAUCACCCUGCCUGACUCCUUUCGCCAGGACACAGUAGAAAAUUAUUCUGGGGAGGGGAGGGACCAAGUUGGAGAUGAGGCACAAACGACCAGCGCAACUGUGACGGAUCACACAAAGGAAGUGGAGGGGAGCAGUGAGGGGAAUAGUUUUCUUAGUAACUUUGCUAAUACCGUUCCCAGCAGUCCAGAAUCCGAACCUUCACUCCACCAAAGUCAGAGUGAACUUGUGACUGUGGCCGAACUCACUACGUCGUCUCGGUGGCAGCUCGUGGCGCAACCAACCACCGCCACUUUGCCUCAAACAGCCGAGGAGGCCAGGGGUGAGAUCAUCUACGUUCACCGGCCUGCUGACAACCUCUCGUCUGCUUCUUCUUUAUCACAAAGAGGAGAAAGCGGCUCUAAUGGUGGCUUCACUCCCGUUAUUAAGAAGCAAAGGAAAGGUGCGGGAAGAAAGCCUGGUCGCGGCGCAGCCAAGUUGGUCACUUCCACACCAGAGUCCUUGAUGGAUGUGCUAACCACCACGGAGAUCACCACGGCGCAUCUUCUGACAACCACAGAUACUCCAAGCACAGACCCUGCAACCGCAGCGGUCACCACUGAGCUUUCCUCAAAAAGCUACUCUGCGCAGGAGCCAUCCAUUUCUGUCUCAUGGAUAGAGGAGACCACGAGCAACACGGAAGGCAACUUCUCAAUGGGAUCGUCAACAACAACCGCCAGUCAGUUGACGAGUGCUGUGUCAGACUCAAAAGAUGCUGUUACAGAAGUGGAGUCCAGGUUAGCAGUGUCUGAGUCCUUUGUGUUUGGAAGUCAUUGGAUACCUUCCAAGGGAUCCAGUCCGAAGUUUGAAGACUACAAGACUCCGACGGUGACAGACAGCAAAGGCGCAAAACACCCUUUUGGUGUCCUGGUACCCAACUGGGCUUUUGGCCCACCAGUUGAGAGCAACCCAUGCCAGACCAACCCGUGCCUCCACGGAGGUAGCUGCCUGCAGGAGGGCGACGGCUAUAGCUGCUACUGCCCACAGGGAUUCUCCGGGGAGAGCUGCGAAAUCGAUGUUGAUGACUGCCAGUCCAACCCCUGCCGCAAUGGAGGAACUUGCAUCGACGAGAUCAACUCUUUUGUUUGUCUGUGUCUGCCCAGCUACAGCGGCGCCAAAUGCGAGAAAGACACGGAAGGCUGCGAGCACGCAUGGCGAAAGUUCCACGGCCACUGCUACCGUUACUUCAGCCGGCGGCACACGUGGGAGGACGCUGAGAAAGAUUGCAGGGAGCACAGCGGCCACCUGGCCAGCAUCCACAGCCUGGCCGAGCAGAAUUUCAUUGGAGGUAUCAGUCAUGACAACACCUGGAUCGGCUUAAAUGAUCGCACAGUGGAGGAUGACUUUCAGUGGACUGAUAAGAUGGACCUGCAAUAUGAGAACUGGCGCUCGAACCAGCCCGACAACUUCUUCGCGGGCGGUGAAGACUGCGUGGUGAUGAUCGCUCACGAGAACAGCAAAUGGAACGACGUGCCCUGCAACUACAAUCUGCCCUACGUCUGCAAAAAGGGAACAGUUCUCUGCGGAGCCCCUCCUCAAGUGGAAAAUGCUUUUGUGGUUGGCCGGAAGCGCUCUCACUAUGACAUCCACUCGACUGUGCGCUACCAGUGUGUCGACGGCUUCCAGCAGCGCCACGUACCGACAACAAAGUGCCGUGCCAACGGCAAGUGGGACGAACCAAAAAUCAAAUGCACAAAAUCAGCUCGACAGGCCCACCGGUACCGGCGCCACCACCACAACCACCACCACAAGGGCAGACGGGAGCGCAGAAAGCACAAGCGGCACGGCCACCGGAUCGGCGGCCACCACGGCGCCGACCACGGCCUCAAGCAAAGCCACUUCUGAACCAAUAGAGAAGCAAAAAAAAAACAAAAAAAAAAAACCACAUCCGUUCUUCUCUUGUCCUUCUGUCCCCAUCCUUCAUUCCUCUUCCUAUUUUUCACUCCCCCUUCUCCAUCAGUCCGUUCCUACGCUGGAGUCCUCCUGUAUCAUAGGAAAUUCCUGGACAAUAGCCGGGACGAUAGCCGCUCCCUCCGUUUCCCUUUUUACGUUUUCUUUCUCCCGGUUUUCUUGUCACUCACACUCACUCGAGUGCAAAUUGUAAAUAGGAUCUUUGUGUUUUCGUUUUUGUUUUCUCGGCUCUCUGGGUUUAUUUCUUUUCUUGUGUGUGUGACUCAGGUCCAUCACAUGUCUGUCAUUCAGCAUUGUUCGAGGCGGGAAAGUUGCGGAAAAUGUAAAACUGUUCAAUAUCAUUUCAAAUACAUCUUUUACACUUCAAAAUAAAUGGUAGACCGAUGAUUUGAUUUUGAAAAAAAAAAUGCACCCCAAAUGUGCAUGUACUGCAUCGGCGGAAGAAGACCUUUCAUAACAAGCCAUACUAAAUUUAGCUCCUCCCCGACAUUUCAAGCUCAUUUCUCAAUCAAGAUGUAUCCAAUCACCCGACAGGACUUGCUCGGAAGAAUUAUUGUGCAGUGUUUCCUUGCAUAUUCGCAACUCACGAAUUCACCUCUUUACGCAAAUGUUUUUGUUUGUUUGUCAGGAACCUAUUCUUGUUAUUUGCUGAAAAGUUCAAAAAUUUCGUGCUCAGGCCAAAGCCCUGUAAAGUAUUGUUAUCCAUUUUGUGGCAUCCUGGUGCCGAGGAACUUUGUAGAAUUGAUUUGAGAAGCUUCGAGUAGUGCUUUGCCGGCAUCGAUUUUCAAAUGCAAACCUAUUUGCCACUGUGCUACCCUUUCCUAUUUAGACAUGGCUUUGGCGCCAUCUUGUGGCAUUUUGGUGCCAAGGAACUAUGUUGAAGUGGGUUGAGGAGAGUCAUGUAGUGAUUUGCUGCCAUCCUGUGGAUGGUAAUUGCUAGCAGAUUUUCACUAUUCGCAGCAGGACUGGGUCCCUAACACGGUACUACUUUCCUAUUUGGGCAUUGCCUUGGCACUGUCUUGUGACAUUUUCAGCAAAUAGUUUACGCAGAAAUUAAAAACAAACUCCAAAGUGUGAAUUUGAACAUUAAACUCCAAAUACGCAGGCGGUUGUCUAUAAAUCGGCUCUUAUGUUAGGGCCAUGAUGCUGCCAUUUUGCGAUAGCUCUGUAGACUCCCCUUUCACACUCGCUGUAAAAGCCACACCUUUCCCCACCUCUUGUUUUUGUGUUCAAAGCAACUGCCGCCACCCGGAUAUGUAUUUCAUACGUCACACCAGGCAGAGGCUCUGAUGUUUUUGUGUAAUGCUGUGUCUCUGUGUGAAAUCUCUGCCAUGACCAUUUUGUCAUUUGUUUCUGUGUGAAAGGUGGAAAGGUGUGUGUGUAUAUGCGUGUGUAUAUAUUGGCGACUCACUCGGUUGACUCGAAAGUCAAGAUACAAGAAGCAUUUUGCUCCCUCAUUCCUGACAAUUUGCUGUCUCCCCCCCUCCCCCUUUUUUUUCCCUCUAAAUUCAGCAGUUAAGGCUUCAGUUUGUGGAUUAAGUCCACAUCACUGACUGCUGUAUUUCUUAUUCUCGUCUGUUAGUUCUUUUUUUUUUUAACCCACCUUCACUUAUUUUUAAUCUCUUGUGCUCAGCAGACACAAGAAUGCACUCGAGCAAGCUCUGACUUAACUCAGAGCCCGGUUCCUCAAAGUGAUACAAUUUGGUUUGGAUGUUAAGAGGAGACCAUAUAAGACAGUGUGAAGGGUACUUAACGGCAUGUUUCCAUUCAUGGGUAUGGUUUGGUUCCAUUGUCAAACGCUACAACGGGGACCAGAAGACAUGUUAGGUUUCAUUGUUUUACCCUUUCAGGGACAGCGGUUACUACAGUGGACAGUUUAUCAUGUUAUCAGGUUACAGGGUGCAUGAAAGGGUUAGAUUAUGAAGUCUACCCCCCGCCCCAAAAAAAACCCUGUCAUACUCCCAAUUUUUUUCCACUGUACUGUAUUACUUCACAUUAUUAUUAUUCUCCAUCGACCAAUCAACGAGCAGCAGGUUUAGCUCCGCCCGACAAUACGUGCCUGGGACACCACCAAAAUGUUGCUGAAAAGACUCUGCAUCUUCUUACAUUGGCAGGGAGAACGUGCACCGAGAUUCCUCGCUGCUUCCCCGCAACGUCCUAUCACUUUAAUUAAUCUCUGCGUGUUUAAUUAACAAAACAGAUUAUCUGCAGCACCGCCCCCGCAUCGUGAAUCAGUUUGAUGGACACGCAACGGAAAAGUCAAUCUAGCCAAUCGUCGUCAUCAGGCCAACACAAGCAUGCAAGAGCAUUUUCAGUUAAAGUUUAUCUCUGAGCAGGAAAACAAGCAAAGAAAAGCCCUCUUCAUGCAGUUCGGUAUGAAGAUCUGAUUGUGAGUUAGAGAAAAGGAAUGAUUAGAUGACAAUUACGAUGAAAUCGCACAUCUUCACCCCCCCCCCCACGCAGAGAUGUUAAUUGUAAUUCGUGACAAAUUCACAGAAUUAUGAGGAAAACUGUUUUUUUUUUGGUUUUUUUUUACAAAAUAGGACAAAAGGCUUUUUUUCCUUUCAAGUUGUCAUGUGACUGGAAAAAGUACUUUUUUCCCCUCGAGAAAUAACGUAAUGUUAUGAAAGCACAUUUGUUAUAUUCCAAGAAAAAUAUCUUUUUUUUCUCAAACAAUUUGUAAUCUGAUGAGAUGCAUAUUUAUCACACGCAAAGGUUCCAGUUCAUUAAACCAAUUUUAAU